AUGUCAAACUAAAAUUAUAUUAUUGAGAUAUUUAGCUAUCUCAAAGAAGGAAAAGUAUAUUAAAUGGUCAAUAAAUUUGACGAUUUAGACUCUCUUAAGUUGAAUGAACGCGAGAAUUUAAUGAAAAAUGAGCAACAUAUUAAAGAGUAAGUGAAUCAGAAAUUUAGAAUAGAAGAAAUAGACGAGCCAUUUAUCAAUUUCUUGUUUUUGUAUGUGAAAUGGUUAAUUGAUAAAGAUCAAACAAACUAUUAUGAUCCAUAUAAGAUUCUUAUCAGGGCUUUGGAUUAGCUUAAAAACAUGCUUAGUAUAAUGAAGAGCAAUUAACAAAAUUUGAUGAAAUUUAUCACCCAUUUUAUUCAGGUUUCUAAAAUCAUUUCUAAAAAGGCACUUGACUUUGCUAGACAGAAUAGAAGAGAUGAAAAUAAGUUUAUGUCAGAAUUAGAACAGCAUUUCUAAACAUGGAUUUCAACUAUUAAUAAGCAAUUGAAAGACCAAGACAGCUAGUUUAAAAAAUAAAUUAUUUUAAAGAUUUAUAAUAUUUAAUUGGGUAUUCGUUUUUAGAAAUAUGAUUAUCCUGGAUGUUCAAGUAUUGUCAACCAUACAAAAAAUUAUCAGACUCUUCCUAAUCCUUACUUGAAUUAAGAGCCAAUUAGUUAAAGAGUACUUUUUAUGUACUAUUUUGGUAGAUUAUAGAUUUUCUCUUAAAAUUUCAAACAAGCAAGUACUUGCUUGCAAUAUGCUUUGGACAGAUGCCCAGCUGAUGCCUUCAAACAAAGAAGAUAAAUUUUAAAGUACUUGAUUCCUGUAAAUAUGUAUUGUGGCAAGUUUCCUACUUCUCAGCUAAUUAAAAAGUAUGAAUUAUUUGAAUACUCAGAUUUAGCGAUUGCAAUCUUAGAAGGUAACAUGAAAAAAUUAGAAGAACAAAGAGAAAAGUGGAAAAAGUGCUGGAUCAAAAGAAGCUUGUACCUUUUUAUUGGCAUGCUCGAGACACUAACAAUAAGAAAUCUAUGUAAAAGAGUUAUUUAAAUUAUGGAAAAAUUAAAUGAUGGCAAAACCUUUAACAUAGAGAUAAAUAAAUUUAAGUUAGCCUUUGAAUUUUCUGCUAAAAGGCCAUUCGAAGAGGAAGAAGUAGCUUGUCUUCUUGGAAACCUCUUUUAUUAAUAAUAAUUAUAUGGUUAUGUUCACAAAGGAGCAAAAGGCACAUUGGUAGUUCUUAGUCCUAAAAAUGCAUGCCCAAAGUUUAAAUCAUGA